AACAGGGAUGUGAUCUCUGGAGAUUGAUCGUUCGAAUGUGAUAGACAAAACCCCAGCUACCGAUAUAUCCACCAUGGUCGUCAACAUCACCGCCGAAGAUCCCCAGCCCACCAUCCACAGCCACAUCAAUGGCACCACCAACGAGAUCCUCGAUCGGCUCUGCGUGACCGAGCUUCUCAAAGGCUGGCCGGUAUACCGAGACGCCUCCGAGUGGGCCCAUUACCGUAACUGCUUCGCCGAGCAGGCCUACAUCUUCACAACCUGGAGCGGCGGUAUGCCCAUCGAUGAAUUCAUCGAAGUCUCCAAGAAGGGCCGGCGCAACGGGGACCACAUCAUGCAUCGCGAGAACGGCACCCUCGUCGAGCUGAACCCGGCAACCGGCCGCGCCGUGGGCAAGAUGAAGGCCACCAUCACUCAGCGCUUCGACUUCAACGGGGUGGAGUGUGACGUCGAGUGCGACUGUCGCUUUAUCAUGUGGUGCCAGAAGGAUCCGGCGGGCUGGAAGGUGCACUACAAGCGUCUGUUCUACGAGAAGGACAAGAUCCUGCCUGUCGACGGCAAGAAUGUCCCCGAGUUUUCGGCGGAGGAAUUGGCGCCGUACCCUUAUGGGUAUCGGUAUCUGGGCGCGGCGCAGGCCCGGCUGGGUCAUAAGAUUAAGCUGGACUUGCCGACGAUGGAGGAUAAUGAGAAGUUCCGCGGCAUGUACGAGGCUAUGGAGAAGUGGCUGAGAGGGGAGGAUAUCAAGGAGACGUUGGGGAUUCCGCUGUGAUUGCUGUGAUUGAUUGUUAUGGAGGAGAUUUUAUAUAGGGUGUAGAUGGUUUGGCUCUUGUGUGUGAUGAUUUAGGCACUUUUUUUUGAUGGAUGGUGGGUAUCUUUGCUUGAUUGCAACCAACUUGCAUGGAUUAAUAAUGAGUCACGAGUCUUGAAUAUGAAGCUUGUUGCAG